GCCAUGCUUGCAGCAGUUGCAGCCAAUCUUGCAGCUCUUGUUGCUUGCAGCAGCGGAAAUAUAAAAUUAAAAAAAUCACAUCAUCAAGCAUGGCGGCCGCCUUUACGUGUAUUUCUUGCCGAGUGACCUUUCAAGACUCAGAAAUCCAGCGUCUGCACUACAAAACCGACUGGCAUCGGUACAAUCUGAAGAGGAAGAUCGCCGAGCUGCCACCCGUGACGGCCGAAGACUUCCAGCGGCGCGUCCUGCAGCACAGGGAGACCGCCGAGAGCAAACAAGAGGAUGUGUCACUCUAUUGCGAACCGUGUAGAAAGACCUUCGGCAGCCAGAACGCCUUCGACAACCACCUUCAGAGCAAGAAGCACAAGGAGGCCGAGUACCAAUACGUCGCCACUCAGUCCGAAGAGUCUUUGGCGCCCCUGAAGCAAUCGGCCAAGGAGGAAGUUGAGGACGUCGAAGAGGUGGACUCGGACGAAUGGGAAGACCUGGAGAUUGAAGUCAAAGACUGUCUCUUCUGCGAACACCACAGCUCGACCAUUUACAAGAACCUGAAGCACAUGUCCGAAGCACAUUCCUUCUUUGUUCCCGACUUUGAGUUUGUCUCCGACCUUCGGGGUCUGAUGGAGUACCUGGGGUCAAAGGUCAAGGAAGGCUUCAUGUGUCUGUGGUGCAGUAACAACAACAAGGCCUUCUGGUCCUUGGAGGCCACGCAGCAGCACAUGCGGGACAAGGGUCACUGUAAGGUCAAGCACGAGGGAGAGGCCCUAGCCGAGUUCAUCGACUUUUACGACUACACAACCAGCUACCCUGACAGACCGGAGGGCGAAGAAGACAUGGAGGUGGAUUUACCUGAGUUGGAUGGCGCUGACUUCCAGUUGACGUUGCCCUCAGGAGCCACUAUUGGACAUAGAUCACUUUUCAAAUAUUACAGGCAAAGUUUAAAUCCCCAUGGACCCUUGGCGCUUGUGAAACCAGCGAAGAAGUAUUUGGCCAACUACAGAGCCAUAGGUUACAUGGAAUCGUCUAGAGAAGCGAUUGCGAAGAAAACCAAGGAUAUUCAGUUCAUGAGGAGAGCGCAGGCCAAGCUCAAUAUGAAAAUUGGAGUUAAAGCAAAUAAGCUACAGCAUCACUUUAGAGCUCAAGUUAAUUUCUAAGCCUUCGACGGUGAAAUUUUUGCUGUUAUUACAUUAUUUUUAAUGAAAGUCAAAUAAACUUUGUGACUGAAGGAUAAUUUUUA